AUGCCCAUUGGCAUUAUUUGUUCCUCAAAGCUUUACAAUAUGUCGAUCGCACGACUACCUUAUCGCCGCAUACUACCGUUGCCAUCCACGCAGCCGGUGCUCCGUGGAACAAGUGUUCGGCAUUAUGCUAUCUUCAAGGACUGGAAGGGAAACGAGGAGCACACAGCUGAGCGGUCCAAGAAGGGCGAUACUACGGACGUACACGCGGAAGCGUCGGCAUCGGGAAUGAAAGAAAGGGAAACCAACGAAGGUGUUGCGGAUGGCACAAAGUCCCAGGGGACAACGGAGAGAGGUGGCACAAAGUACUCCAGCAAGGCCAAAAAAGAGAACCCAAAAGCGCCAGAGCCGAUUAUUGGGAUGAAUGACGAGCGAGGAAAGGCGAGUGAACACAACUCUGUGCGCGGCUAUAUGCCUUCCCAAUUUGCUAACUGCGCCCUGGCUUUGCAGAAAGGAGAUUGA